AUGUCAACUUUAUUGCAUCAAAUAGAAGCAGUACUCAAUUCAAGACCUCUAUAUCAACAGAGUGACGGGGUUGGAGGUGAUACAGUAUUGACUCCCGCUCAUUUUUUAAUAGGAAGAUCAUUGUUAAGUGUCCCUGAACUAAUUCCAGACUGUAGAAUUGGUAAUUUGGACCGAUGGAGGUUUUUACAAAAAUUAAGAAUGGAUUUUUGGAAAAAAUGGAAAGAGGAAUACUUGGUGACACUGCAACAAUGCAAUAAAUGGCAGAAAACACAGGAAAAUUAUAAGGGACAAAUAGUUAUAGUUAGAAACGAAUUGACUCAUCCAGCAAAAUGGCCAAUGGGAAAAAUAGAGGAAAUACAUUCUGGAACUGAUGGAAAAUUGAGAGUUGUGUCGAUAAAAACCAAAGAUGGCUACAUAAAAAGACCAAUAGUCAAGAUUUGUCCACUAAGAAUUGAAGAAAAUAUAUCCGAAGUGGAAUCAGAAAAUGAGCAUAUGUCACACAUAACAACAGCUUAA